AACGACAAUGGCGGUUUCUCUGAGGUGGUUUUCUCUGGGUUUUGUUCUGCUGCUGUUGUUCGUCGCGGUAAUGGCAGGAGUGAGAGAGGCGGUUUCAGAUGCGAGGAUUAUAGAAGCGGAGCAUUCGCAGAGCUCAAAGAACUCAUCAUUAGCCGGGAGGUUGGAUGAGGUUGAUGAACUGAAUGAACAUGCCGUCGACAAUCCGGAGGAAGUCGCUUCCAUGGUGGAGAUGACCAUACGCAACAGCACCGAAAGGAGGAACCUGGGUUACCUUUCCUGUGGCACAGGGAAUCCCAUUGAUGACUGCUGGCGCUGUGACCCAAACUGGCAACAACACCGCAAGCGCCUCGCUGACUGUGGCAUAGGAUUUGGGCGAAAUGCAGUCGGUGGUCGUGAAGGCCGCUUCUACGUGGUCACCGAUCCUGGUGAUGACGACGCAGUCAACCCUCGACCUGGCACCCUCCGCCAUGCUGUCAUCCAGGAAGAGCCCCUGUGGAUCGUGUUCAAGCGGGACAUGGUUAUCACUCUCAAGCAAGAGCUCUUAAUGAAUAGCUUCAAGACCAUAGAUGGCCGUGGUGUCAACGUCCAUAUUGCCAAUGGGGCUUGUAUCACUAUCCAGUAUGUCACCAACAUUAUCAUCCAUGGUCUACAUAUUCACGACUGCAAGUCCACUGGCAAUGCCAUGGUCCGGAGCUCCCCAAGUCAUUACGGCUGGAGGACAAUGGCUGACGGUGAUGGCGUCUCCCUCUUUGGAGCUAGCCAUGUCUGGGUUGAUCACAACUCUAUCUCUAAAUGCGCUGAUGGCCUCAUUGAUGCUAUUAUGGGCUCGACGGCCAUCACCAUCUCUAAUAACCACUUCGCCCACCAUAAUGAGGUAAUGCUUUUGGGUCAUAGUGACUCCUACACAAACGACAAGCAGAUGCAAGUGACCAUCGCUUAUAACCAUUUCGGAGAAGGUCUCAUUCAGAGGAUGCCAAGGUGUAGGCAUGGGUAUUUCCAUGUGGUGAACAACGAUUAUACUCAUUGGGAAAUGUAUGCAAUUGGAGGAAGUGCGAACCCAACCAUCAACAGUCAAGGCAACAGAUACCUUGCCCCAACCAACCCUUUUGCCAAGGAGGUGACAAAGAGGGUGAAUACAGCGGAAGGUAUGUGGACGGGUUGGAACUGGAGGUCGGAAGGGGACAUGAUGUUGAACGGAGCCUACUUUACCCCAUCUGGCGCUGGGGCUUCAGCCAACUAUGCAAAGGCUUCAAGCCUUUCAGCCAAGUCUUCUUCCAUGGUGGGCUCCAUGACAUCUGGUGCUGGCCCUCUCAGCUGCCGCAGGGGCCGUGAGUGCUAGCUAGUUAACCUCUCAAUCCA